GGUGACAACACCCAGCUGGAGCCGGCGUCCGCGAAGUUAGACCGACCCGGUCGGUUUCGGCCGGUGGAGGCUCUCGUCGGGCCCCAGUACCAUGGCGGUGUUUCACGAUGAGGUGGAAAUCGAGGACUUCCAAUAUGACGAGGACCUGGAGUCGUAUUUCUACCCCUGCCCUUGUGGCGAUAACUUCUGCAUCACCAAGGAAGAUCUGGAGAAUGGGGAAGACGUGGCAACGUGUCCAAGCUGCUCUCUCAUUAUAAAAGUGAUUUAUGACAAAGAGCAGUUUAUGUGUGGAGAAACAGUCCCAGCCCCUUCCACCAACAAAGAAUUAGUUAAAUGCUAGGAGAGACUUUCUGACUCCAAAUCCUGAAUAUUUGGGGCUGAGCUAAGCUGGAAAGAUCAGAGGCACAGUUACUGGCUUCCUCAUGGGGACAACCAUCUUGUAGUUUGUUGCUCUGGAUUCUUCCCAUCGGCUCCGAGUUCUCCAGUUAAAGAAGCAAGUCCAUGACAUGACGUACCUGCAUUUUGUGCUUAGAACUUUGCAUUGGAAAAAGUGUUCUUAAUUUUCCUUGUGAAUUUAAAGACCUUUUCAUCAGUGCUUUAAUUCCUCCAGUUUUGUUAUUUUUAUGUCUUAUGCCUAAUUACUUUAUUAUCUGAUAACAGCAUCAUCUACCUCAAAGUCAUUAGGAUUCCUAUAUUUAAAAAAGAGAUUUUUGCCCUGGCCAGUUUGGCUCAGCGGUUAGAGCAUUGG